AUGGCCGAUGAAGGAAAAAGCUUUAUAAUUGAUUUGAAUAAAUCAAUAAAAAAUAUCUCUCUCUCGGAAUUCAGUACAACUUCUAUAAACUGUGCACUGAUUGCAGCUGAAAUAACCAAGGCCCAAUCUAUUCAAUAUUGCGUAACAUUCACCCCUUACGUAACGUUAUUGUUCUUGCAAAUUCUGGCCUAUACUCAUGUAGCAAAUGAAAUCAUAAUACAGAGUACUGCUAUAGCUACAGCUGCUUACGACAGUGAAUGGUAUCAUUUCAACGAUGAAUACAAGAAACGAUUAUUAUUUUUGAUAAUCAGAGCUCAAAAGCCAUUGUCAAUGAACAUCGGAUCUUUUGGUCCUAUGACCAAAGAAACAGCGUUAUUUAUGAUAAGAGCUGUGUAUUCAUACAUUGCUUUUUUCAAUAAUUCAGAUUGAGGACUUGGAUCUGCAAAGAAGAUGAGUGAAAUUAUAUAUCUACACUACACUUUACACUUCGAUAAUAAAGAAGUUGCUA